AUGGUCUUGAUUUCUACGGAAAAUCUCGAGAGAAUGCAACGACAACAGCAACAGCAACUGUCAGUGGAAUUAAUGGAGAAUUCGCUGUUGCAAAGUUCAGGAAACAUCACUGGAGAUAAUAAUUCUGUACAAACCCCUGGAACUCCGUUGACUCGGCUCGAUGCGGAGAUGAGUCGCCACGCAAGCGAAAAGCCGUUCGGAGUGCGAACGAAACCACUAGCAACGAUACGCGAGGAAGAAGACGAGGGUGACGCUGACGACAACGACGACGACAAUGACUACGACGACGACGACGAUUCAACGAUCGUAUUUCACGAAACUUCGCCAAUUUCCGGCAAACACCCUCGGACUAGUGACAUAGAUACUGUAAAGGAAAAAACCCGAAAAGUAAUUCGUAAUAUUCAUGUGUUAAAAAGUGUCGAAAAAAUAUUGGAAACGGUCCCGAAAACUUAUCGCACACAAGCUCGUAUGUUAAUGCGUCAUUUGCAAGACGAAGCGGUACCCGACAGAUUAAAUUGGGACGAGAAGGGUAUCGUGACUAUAGACGGCAACGUCGUGAAAGAUUCCGAUAUAACCGAACUGAUAAACGACGCGGUGCGUGAAAGAAAAACCGUGAAUGCAACGGGAAGAGAUCAGUUCGCCCGAUUACUGCGUAGCUUAAAUACACGUACGGCACUGGUGGGAAAUAAAGAAUUAUUAAAAGCAGUUUACGGAUCUUCAAUAAACGCGAGACCUCAGUCUUUGGCGAGUUCCACGCCUAAUAUAACGCGUUCGCCUCCAAAAAGGCGCUUACUCAAUUGGAGUACGGUGAAGAAACAAUAA